ACGUUUGCCUUUUCUCAGUUCAAUUUUUGCAUUUCUCGUGUUUACAACUUGUCCAUUGGAACAAGAAACAACAACCAUUUUUAUCCGUCGCGCAUUUAAUCAAUUCAAUUAAUUAUUCUGUUCACCUUGCAUUGUUUUUGUUUGUCACUAAGAUUAAAAAAGAAAUAACUAAGCAAUAGAAACAAGUGCGCAUUGUGAUAGAAAGAAUAUUAUUUAUUUAUUUUUGUAUGAAAAAUAAGAAAAUUCUACUUUUGUUAUGAAUGCAACAACCUUAAUCGCUGAAUUGUGAAAUUCUGCGCAAAACUUGUGAAGUACUAAAAGUGCCCGUCGCUGAAUAAAGUGAAAGAAUUAAAUAAAAGAAACUUUGAUAAUAUUUGAAAUAAAAAAGAAAACCAAAAAGACACAAAUCCAAGCAAAAUGAAUAAAACAACGCCUUGGAACUUUAAUGUUUACAUUAUCACAUGGAAUGUCGGCACCAAAUAUCCAGAUGAUCUCUCACUCUAUAAUCUACUGGGCUUAAAAUCACACACAUGUCCCGGUGAAAGUUUGCCUGAUUUGUAUGCAAUUGGUUUGCAAGAAGUCAAUUCACGUCCCAAGAAUCAAGUACUUGGUCUAUUCAAAGACGACCCAUGGACAAUUGGCUUUAAGGAAAUUCUGAAAGAUCAUGAUUAUGUUGCAAUUAAGACAGAACAAAUGCAAGGUCUAAUGCUGACACUAUUUUCGAAACGAAAACAUGUUCCACAUUUGAGAAGUAUUGAGGCCGAAUUCACACGUACCGGAUUUGGAGGAAUUUGGGGUAACAAAGGUGCCGUCAGUAUUCGUUUGAGUGUUUAUGGCUGUGGUGUAUCGUUUGUAGUUGCUCACUUAGCUGCCCAUGAUCAUGAAUUGGACGAAAGAAUCGAGGAUUAUCGACAAAUUCUAGAAAAUCAUCAUUAUCAUGUCAAGAAGUAUCGAGAAAUCUUCGACCAUGAAUAUGUAUUCUGGUUUGGUGACCUUAAUUUCCGUCUCACCGGUGAUGAUUCCCCCGAAGAAGUACGAAGUCUGGUUGAACAAGAUAAACUAUCGCAACUUAUUCAAAGGGAUCAAUUAUUAUUGGUUCGUGAAAACCGCAAAGCAUUCCAUCAACUCCAAGAGAAACUACCAGAAUUCCCGCCAACUUUUAAAUUCAAAGAAAAUACCUCGUCUUACGAUAUGAAACGAAGGCCUGCAUGGACUGAUCGGAUUUUGUAUACAAUCAAUCGUGACAAAUAUCCUGAUAUUAAACUUCAUUUGGAACAACGUUCAUACAAAAGUCAUCCGGGAUAUACUAUUAGUGAUCAUAGACCUGUUUCUAGUGAAUUUAUAAUCAAGCUCCCCAAAGCCCGAUCACUUAUACAAAAUCAAAUGCCUAUGGCAGCCAAACAACGAAUGGUUAAUUUAGAAUUAUAUACCAAAUUCGAUGAAACUGAUUAUUCUGAUGAACACGAACAGGUGACCACAGAUCCUAAUGAGCUCUUUGUUGAAUUCCGAGAUGUGCCAAUUUGGAUGAUUGGCGAAGAGAAUACUGUGGAAUAUUACAAGCCUCAUGGGUUUGUUGAAGAAGAUAACGAUUGGAUAGGAGUUUAUCCAAGCAACUAUGCUAGCUUCAGUGAUUAUGCAGCUUAUCAAUAUGUCAAUCAAGCUGACACCCCAUCGACUCCAGCUGCGGCAGGUGGCUUGGAACCACAUUAUCAUCAUCGGGCGAAACCCAUCAAUCCGACAACUAUGAGAAUUCCAUUCUCCGAGGAUAUCGAAUUGAAGGAUGGUGAGAAUUAUAUGCUUAUUUAUUUCCAGAAUACAGGAAUUCGUGGGGUAACAAGUGUGGCUGGAAUGAGUAAUACGUUUAGAGCUGAGAAGAGGCCACCAACGCCACGAUUUGAGAUGUUGGAUUAAUAAUUUUUGUGGUGAUGUGUUUUUUAUUUUAUUUGUUUUUGAUGAACAAUUUAAGCUUAAUUUUUAAUGUUACUUUAUUUUAAUUUUAAUUUAGUUCUUUGUUUUAAUCGAUUACGUGAAAAAAUGUUUUACGCAACUUAAGUUUUGUUAAUUUAAUUUUAUUUACUGCACGCUUAUUGAAAAUAGUAAGUUCUUGUUUGUUUUAUAAAAAUAUAUUUUGUGUUAAAAAAUCAAUUAUUGAUAAAUUGUAUUACUUUUAAGUUUAUGUAAAAUAUAUAAAAUAUAUACUAUAUAUUAAAUAUCAUAAUAAUUAUCUUAAGUAUAUUUUAAAACUAAGUAAAAAUAAAAGUUCAAAAAUGUUUAAAAUAUGAGCUGAAGCCUUAGAUACUUUUUAUAUUAAAAAUAAAAAGUUUUUCAAAACAUACAUAAAUUGAAUAUAUGUAUGUUUAUAAGAAAUUACAAGAAAACAAAUAUAUGUAGGUAUUGUUUUUAAUGUAUUAAUUAAAUUGUUUUUGUUUAUUUAAAGCAUUGUGUACGCUUAAAACUGAAAUUAAGGUUCAUUUAAAUAUUUCAAAAAUAGAACUUAGGCUGAGAAAUUCAAGUGCAAUGGAGUUUCUCUAUAAUCUUAAACUUGUAGGUUUAAAGGCGCAUACAAAUAUUUACCUUAAAUGUUUCCUUAACGCAAAAUAAAAAAGCAGCUUUGAGAUUUAUAAAAAAAUAACUACAUUUUUUAUCAACUUAAAUGCUUAAAACAAUUUUUUAUGAAAAAUUUAAAAAUAUCAAGGUUAUAGAAAAUUAGAAAUAUUAAAAUGUUAAUAAAAGUUCAAGUUAAAAAAAACCACAACCUAAUCUGCUUUAGUAACUUGAGCCUUAAGCAAACAGAUUUUUUAAUACCUAUAAUAUUUCUUCAAAAUAUAGAAAGACCAAUGUAAUGGCAGGUCUGUAAGAAACGUAGAUUUUGUCUACAAUAAAAUAAAUAAAGGGUGGCGCAUUACGUUUUAUUUUGAAUAGUUAAUUGUUUUUAAAGAUGAUAGAUGUUAAAUGAAAUCCACGCUCACCGACACAUAUGCACAAACAUGUUCGCCAGCCUCAUAAUUGUCCAUAUACUCGGAGGAGUACCGCCAAAUUCCUUUUGGACGGAAAUGACGGACUGCAAAGGAUGGUACCAUUGUACUAUUCAAAUACUUUUUUCAGUAUCCCAAGCAGUCAUUUUGAUAAACUGAAUUAGUAACCUGACGUGAUGGGCAGUGCGUAGGACUGUCAUUCCAGACGUCUUAUCUUAAAACCCUGCCUGUACCUCUUUCAAAGAAUUGACAAUUAUGGCAAGAUUAAUUCUUGUAGUAGUAGUACCCGUGGCUUGAUAGUUAGUGAGUUGGACUGCCAUGCAAGGGGUCUUGGGUUCAAUCCCUGCCUGUGCCACCUUUAUUAAAAAAAAUAAAAAAUUUUCGCGGGUACUGCCUCUUGCGAGGAAUUGACAAAUCCUUUAAGAGUAAUUCUUGUCAUGAAAAAGUGGUUUCUCAAAUUAGCCGUUCGGAUUCGGCCUAAAAUUGUAGGUCCCUUCCAUUCCUGACAACAGUACUCGCACACAGGAAUGGUUGAGAGUUGUAAGUCACUAGGCCCUGGUUCCCAACGGACUGUUGCGCCACCCAAUUUAUUUAUUUAAUUCUUGUUAUAAAAAGUGCUUUCUGAAAUUAUCCGUUUGGAUUCGGCAUAAAAACUGUAAUUCGCCUCUAUCCCUGUCAUUACUCACACACAGGAUUGGUUGAGAGUGGUCACAAGACUCGGGUCCUCUACGGACUGUUGCACCACCUAUUUUUUUUACUUUAUGUCCCUAAUGACACUCCUUUUGUGAACUCUUCUUCACUUUUAUGUCUAAUAUCUGGAAUUAGAUUUUUUUCUUUGUCAAACACAAAAAUACAAAAUUAAAUACUUUGUUAUUCAAAAAUGUUUAAGAUCAUAAAUAAAAAUUUGUGAGUAUAAUAUUUUAAUUUUACUAAAGCAUAAAUAAUAUAUGAAGUUGAUUAGAAAUUGAGUGAAGUAAAAUGUAAUCGAAAGAGUUGUUGUCAUACAAAACUUCAUGAAAAUCGGUGGAGCCGUUUCGGAAAUAAUAUAUGAUAUCUAUUCUGUAUGAAAAGCACUAGGCAUUGUCAGUUUAAGUAUCGUUAACGACCCGACAACUGAGGUCUGGCUUUGGUUUUCUUCAAAAUGAUUAUCAAACUAUCUUGAGGGCUUACAAGCGUCUCAUUUAGUUUCGGCCUCAAAAAGCUUCUGAAGUCCUCAUGAAGCCACUUUUGAAAUGUUUUUCUUAAGUGUGCAGAUCAAUGCUUUAUAAAAAUAUGUACCAAAUUUUUGUUUUAGUAAGAAAUGUAAUAUUAGUUUGUAAUUUUGAAAAUGUUGUUAUUUUUUUUUUGGCGAAGAAAAUUUUAUUAGAAGGUUAAAAAUCUAGAAAUUAAGUUUAAAAAUUGAAAGUUAUUUAUAUAAGUGAUUACAAAAAACAAA